AUGCCAACAACGCAAAAGAGCCUACAUGGAUUUUCCGCUGAAUGUUUGAAUAAUCCAGUAGUCCAUCCAAAGCUUCUUGAUUCUACAAGAUUAAAGGAUGAGCCAGGCCCCGGGGGAGGUUCUGGAUGUUCACUCACUACGAAGCCAUGCAUCGGGCGUGAAGUUAGCACAAAGGAGGUCAAUCAACAGAUAUUAUCGCCUGCAAAACACAAGUACAGUGAUGUCUUGCGAGGAGAGCUUUCCAAGGCUGGAUUAUCUAGCAAAGUGGGGGAGACGCGCCCCCCGCCUAUGCAAAAGGAGCUAUCCAAGCAGACAGACGAAGAUUGGCAGGAAGUCAGAAGUAAAAAGAAGAAGCCGACCAAGCAUCUAGUAACGAGCUCAGUAGCCGCCAAUCACCACUAUAGUCCUAGUUGUGGAACAGACUCUAAGUAUCUGCGAUCCCCUGCAGUUGACCGCAGUUCUUUGACUAAGAAACAACAACUACCGGCUCGUAGACGUUCAGUCAAAAAGCCUCCAGGCCCCUGGCGCCUGGAUUCCUCAGUGGCAUCUGAGGGGGGUUCAAAGUUGCCACCACAUAUAUUGAGUGAUGGUCGGCUGAUUGAGCACUUAAGAAAGCUAAGGCACGAGAGUUUGAGUAUUCUAUGGCAAACUUUAGGUUUUACUGAGCAACGGGGAGCGAUCAAACCGAAAUAUCUCAUGAAGGCAUUUUGUGAAAUGGGGUUCGCUUACCAUAAUCAGGAUGGCGCACAAAGGGCGUUAAGCCCUCCAGCUGACUUUGAGGUAAGACAACUAGGAGCUACUACUAUAGAAAUUGAGUUAACCGCUUCGGAGGAUAGAAUAAUCGCGACCUUAUUCUACAUCUUCGUAAGUGACACGUGGCUCCGAUUCAAAGCAUCGCAGACUAACAAUAAAUUGGCCUUGAUUAUUUCAGCCCACGGGUCAAAAAUCGAAUACGUUGAGCUCAGGAAUAAGGCACAAUCCAUCAAGAGGCUCUACCCAAACAUGGUUGAUGCAUUGCGCAAAUUGUGGGAGGAAUAUCAAGCUAUGACGGCACGUAUGUCUCCUCAGGACUACCCCGUGGGCGCAACUCAUGAGAAUGUGGGAAAGAUCGAGAAUAGGCAAAGCAUUGGGGAGGCAGCAAGAAAGAUCGCUGAAGAGAUUGCUAAAGAUCACCCAUCAGAAUCCGAGGCUUGGCUUGAAGCUGCUGACAAGCUCGGUUCCCGUGAGUAUCGACUAUUUACACCUAACGACCUUCACUUAGCAAGCAUAAGUUACUGGGAUUGGACUGAUCCACGCGAGACCCGCCGAUUCCCCCAGAUAUUCCGCGAAAAGAAUGUUAAAAUUCAUAUGCCCGAGGAGAAAAUAGAAGACCACUCCAAUCCGUUAUACACUUACAAUCUUGGGUCGCCUCCUCCAUCGUUUUUCGAAGACCGUCCGGUCGCUAAUCCAAUUAUAACUCCCGGGGAAACGCCGAGAGAUCAAUGGCCGACCGCGUACUUUGGAUCAUGGACGCAGACGUAUCGGUGGCCUUCAAACGACCCUGUAAAUCCGACAGAGAAGCUCGAGACGCUUGAUUUCUUGCUUAACGGUGGGAAGUUAUAUCCGGGUGCUCCUGCGACAGGCUGGCACGACCUUCAAAGCAAGGUAGCUAGCCUCUUUUUAUACCCUCCCAAGAAUGAGAUGCCUGAGGGAAGCGAAGUUUAUGCCUGGGACCGAUUCUCAAAUACCCGCGCUAUGUCGCAGCCCACGAGAGAUCAAUGGGAGAAUCCUGGAUCUGGGAAGUACUGGGAGAUCGCUAAAAUACUGAACCCUUUAGGCAGCAUCGAGUCCCCACAUAACCUUCUUCAUUUAUUAAUUGGCGGUCUUGGACACAUGAUGGAUAAUGACUACGCGAGUUUCGACCCGAUAUUUUUCUUGCAUCAUUGCAAUGUGGACCGUAUCCUUGCCCUAUGGGAGACCGCAUACCCUGAUUACUAUAUGGGGAACAGCGGUUUCAUCGACAUGAAUGGCAAACAGAAGCCGUUUUUGCAACGUGAUGGGAAAUGGGGAUGGUCAAACAAGCCGGGUAGCGACAACCCCGUCGAAUCAGCGGUUGACCUCAAAGGCGAUACACCUCUGACUCCUUUCCGGAAGGGUGACGGUAAAUAUUGGACCUCGGACGAUACGCGUUGGAGAUCAAAAGUUCCGAAGAAUUAUACCUAUAAGGACAUUCACCUUGAUCAAGAAGUCGUAGAUCCCCUCGGACCUAGGUCUGGGGUCUCUUUGCGACUCAGUCUCGCAGAAGGACAUGAGCAAUCGGAAGGUCUUUAUAACGAGGCCAUCCCAGCUCGUCAGAAGGCAUAUCAGAUGCUCAGCUCCAGGAAUGUGCCCGAGAAGUUGACUUACCCACGAACCGUCGCGGAGCUUGCUCCUCAAUGCGAGGCGAUACACGACUACCGUCACUAUGUCGUGAGGAUUGUACUUGACCCUCACGCUUUAGGUACCUCAUAUCUCGUCAACAUCAAUUUCGGUGCGCUCAAUGUUCAAACUGGAGAGACCAUUGGCGGGUACAUCGGAUCAGCCGCAGCUCUCGUUCGGUCCAAGGAUACCAAGUGUGGAGCUUGUCAAGGAAGAACCGAGGACGAGACAAAAUCUGUCUAUCACGUAACAAUACCCCACGAGAUCAUAGCGCACGCGGCAUGCCACUCUGGGGAAAUGAAUACUCUGGACCUAUUGCUCAAGUCCUUGUCCGCAGAGAUCACCUUGCCUGAUGGUUUCAAAGUAGCCAGCACUUCUGCAAAUAACGCAACAAAUGCGGGAUCCAUUCCAAAGAAACUGAUCCCAGUGAUCACGCUAUUUUCGGCGGCGUUGCAGGCCUUGCCUGAUGGUACCGAAUACGACCAUAACGAGCCGCAAGAUCAUGCUCCAUUGACUCCGUGUGAUGCAUACGAUUGGCAAAAACACACCGUGCUCUUCCCACACCAAGAAUGGACCGCGGUGCAAGCUUACUCGUAA